UGCUGCAACAUAUGUCCUGUGAAUUGCUUCAACCGCAAGAUUUUCCACCAAAGAAGAAGAAAGAACAUGAAAAGUAGGAAAUACUAAGAACUCCAUCACUGCGACGCCUGACACCAACAACCGGCUUUCUCAGAUUCGAAGACGCAGCAUGGAAACUGCAUAUUUCCUGUUUUUUCUACACCUUUCCUUGAAGGGAUACUGUGAAGCAAAUCAUCAAACAAACAAAUCAGAUCUUCAGAAGCACUACAAAGCUGCGGAGGGACAAAACUUUACGAUGCCAUACUGUAACUGUUCAAAGAUGGUGGAUAUGAAGAGUACAAGUUCCAGUGCUGAAGGAGGAGGAAAUGAAGAGCAAUUCCUAGACUGUGGAAAGCUGUUUAUAGCUGAAGCUAAGCAUUCUGGAAAUUAUUCAUGUUUCACAAAUGGCAACAAGCUGUUCUUCCGUCUGCAAGUGGAGAAAAUGAGAUGCCUUUGGCGUAAUGAAAGCAUUAAAAUCCUGGUUGUGUGUGCUGGUGGUCAAAUCUCCUGCCCAGGCUUCGGCUGUAGUAACAACACAAAUGUCACUUGGUACAAGAAUAAAAAGAAGGUUUCAGACCAACACAGGCCGUCCCGGGAAGUCAGAGAGGUGUUAUAUCUCGAACCAGUCCAUGAAAAGGAUGAUGGAGUAUUUUUCUGUCACACACAAAUAAUUGAGGGAGGAGUGACAUGGACUUUGAGGACGGGGGUUGAGGUCAUAGUUAUACCACCGCCAUCACGCAGUCCUCCCAGGAUUCCUGUUGAUAAUGAGCCAAAGGAAGUGGAAAUUGGCCAGCCUUACACAUUCUUAUGUAAGGCACUUUUUCCUUUUGAACUAAAUUUUUCACCAAAGAUAGAGUGGUACAUGAAUAAUGAUGGUAACAUGACUCUACUAGACAGUAAACAGAAGUCUUUGAAAAAGUACACGCAAGAGUACGAGGUCAUACAGGUAGCUACGAUAAAUGAGGUGACACCACAUCACUUGACAUACACGUAUACCUGCAUCGCCAGUAAUACAUUUGGAAACAUCAGCGCCACAAUCAAGCUGAAAAGGAAAAUUAAAGUGCAAUGGCCAUCACUGGUUGGGUAUCUAGUUACAGCCUUCCUGCCGGUGGGUGGGCUGAUAAUCAUCGUACGUGUAAAAUGGCUGGAGAUACAGCUCAUCUACAGAUGCUACUUUAAAAAUGGAAAACACAAUGGAGAUGAGAAAGAGUUUGAUGUGUUUCUGUCGUAUGUGUGGAGCCCUGCAUCAGAAGAAGUGUUGGGAGGUGAGAUCAUUUCCUCCAGAUCACCUCUUAAUGAUGAGGAAGGAGACCUGUGUAUCACCGACCUACUUAACGAGGAAGUUAAAGCUACCAAAAAGCCACUAGAGGUGCUGCUGCCCCAAGUCUUAGAGGACCAGUGGGGGUAUCGCCUCUGUCUACUGGAGAGGGAUGUGAUUCCUGGAGGAGCAUACACAAAUGACGUGGUUCUUGCAAUAAAGAAAAGCCAAAUGCUUAUCUGUGUCCUGUCAGAUGACUACUUCACCAACAGUAAUGCUGUGUUUGAACUGGAAUCAGGAGUUCAGGCUUUGCUGCAAAACUCUGUCCUAAAACUCCUGCUUUUAUGGACCACUAAAGCCUCGCCAUCUCUUAUCCAGCCUGAUCCCCCCCUGCCCACACUUGUGCAAAGGGCCUUGGGAGUGCUACCCAGCCUGGAUUGGAGGUCAGGGGAACCUUUCCAAAGCAACUUCUGGAGAUCUUUAAGGAAGACCAUGCCCAAAAACAAAGUGAAGCUAGUUUCAGUGAGGUAGCAUUAAUGAUUUUUUUUGGUGUUGGAAGAAACUAUAGAAUUUAUAAGGUUACUCUUCUUUUCUUACUGUACAUUAUAUUUAUUUACUGUGUACUGUAAAGGUGAAAGUUCUCUUAAUAUAGUUUUCAUUAAAAUGUUGCAAGCACUUUCAGCAAAAGCCAUUCAACCACAAUUAACCAUAGAACUUCAACGGAAAUCAUGAUAAAAAAAAAAACAACA